UCAGACCUGUCCAGCUGAUACCAGAUGCUGAUCAUUGCACCUUCAUGCUUUUGUCCCACUCCUUAAACUAACCCCAGCUUUAGAGAAAUUACGUAAAACCAGAGGGUUGGCCGCAGGCAAGGCGGUGACUCCUAUUCCUGUGUCGCUGCAGCACCAGUGAGCAUCCCUCAUCGGCAGGAGAAGGACCUCGCCUUUGUCUUCUGGAGUGCAGUGCGGUUCCUGCGGUCCUGCAGACAUGACGCCUCACCUGCUGCUUGGUGCCAUUGUGGCUGCUUCCCUCACGCAUUUUGUGGCGCCGGCCAACUUCAAUGAAACAAUUUAUUUUGUGACCGUCGGCUCCCGUCUGAUGGCAGGAAACCAGGAGACCUUAUGUGCUCUGAUCCAAAACCCCACAGAGCCAAUCACCCUAAACAUCUCAAUGGAUCUGGACUCUUCCAGCGUCAUGAUCACAGAGGAGUCUGUCCAAAGUGACUACUACCGCUGCUUCCAGUUUCUGGUCCCUAUAGUGUCCAUGGAAACUGUGGCAUCCAUCAGUGUGAGAAUUCAAGGAGAGGAAGACUCAAUGAGCCAGGACACCAAAGUCCUGAUUGAACCUCCGGCCUUCAUCCACAUCGUCCAGACAGACAAACCCGUCUACAAACCUGGACAGACCGUUCAAUUCCGCAUUGUCUCCAUGGACACCAGCUUCCUCCCCGUCAAUCGCACGUACACCGAAGUGACAAUUGAGGUAAGCCGCCAUUAUUCCACUAACUUCCAACAAAAUUUGCAAAUCCAGCAGGUGGCAAAAACAACCCUGACUGUUGUGGAACACAUUGACAAUGAUCUGUUAAUCACAUUGCCACACCCACUUUUUGGUGCAAGCUCCUGUUAAAAACAUAUAGUGAAA